AUGGCGAGCACUACCAAGGCCGUGGUGAUUUUUGGCAUUCUUGUUUUCCUGCAGGUGUGGUGCGCCGCGGGGGAUGUCUACAACAUCCCAGCAUUGAUGUCAGUGAACGGGUUCGAGCAAGGAGAGGAGGGAGGGCCGGCGAAGUGCGACGGCCAGUACCACAGCGACAGCCUCUUGCUGGUGGCGAUGACUUCGGCGUGGUACGGGCCCGGCUUCCGGUGCGGCUUGGUGAUCAGCAUCAAAAGCGCUGGCGGGAUCACCGUGAAGGCCAUGGUCGUCGACGAAUGCGACACGGACAACGGCUGCGGCACCACCGAGAUCAGCACGUCAGCCGCCGUGUGGCAUGCCUUGGGGCUUGACACCAGCGUCGGCGAGGUGGCCGUCACCUGGUCGGAUGUCUAA